AUGCCGCUCUACUCAAAGUUCUUGAAAGAUCUGUUAACCAAAAAGAGCAAGUACAUACAUAGUGACACCAUUGUUGUGGAGGGAAAUUGUAGUGCAGUGAUUCAACGGAUCCUUACACCGAAGCACAAAGAUCCUGGAAGUGUCACAAUACCAUGCUCUAUUGGUGUUGUGUCUGUUGGCAAAGCUCUCAUUGACUUGGGAGCAAGUAUAAAUUUAAUUCCACUCUCUAUGUGCUGGAGAAUUGGGGAAUUGGAGAUAAUGCCAACCAAGAUGACACUUCAAUUAGCAGAUUGUUUGAUUACCAGACCCUAUGGUGUUAUUGAAGAUGUUUUGGUUAGAGUGAAGCAUUUCAUUUUCCCAGCUAAUUUUGUAGUGAUGGAUAUUGAAGAGGACCCUGAAAUCCCUUUGAUCUUGGGGCGUCCGUUCAUGCUAACUACCUGUUGCAUAGUAAAUAUGGGGAAAGGUAAGUUGGAGUUGAGUGUGGAUGAUCAAAAAGUUACAUUUGAUUUAUUUGACGCUAUGAAGCAUCUGAGUGAUCAUAAGGCAUGUUUUAAGAUAGAUAAGGUGGAACAAGAGGUUGAUAUGGUGGCUAAAGCCAUGGUUCUGCAAACUCCACUUGAAAAAGUGUUGACUAAUACCCUGGAGUGUUUGACAACAGAAGAGGAAAAAGAAGUACAAAGUUGUUUGAAGGAAUUAGAAGGUGAGCAAGAGAGUUCCCUGGAGAAAUGA